AGUUACCUCCGUUUGUUACCUACCCUAGGUACUUACAACAAAGUACCAAAGAUACUUUGGAUAAGUACCUUUUUUUUUUUGCCCACCUGAGGGACAUCCAACGAAGAGCCCAGCCCAAGGACCGAGGACCAGGAAGACCAGGAAGGACCAUUCUCAAGGGUCGUGGGUCCACUAUACUCAGCACCAAUCAGCACCAAUCACCAUGAAGGGCGCCCUGGGUAGAUGGCUAACAGGCACGACACGUACCCCAUUCCCAGCGACUAAUGACACCGAGCAUCCGUUUAGCAGCCGCAGCAGCGCCGAAAAUAAUAAUAAUUCUGGCGCUGGCUCUGACCUCGCCGCUGCCGCUGCUCCUACACCAACUUCCUCACAUUCCCUCACCUCGCCGUCACCUUCACCACAACCCGCAACUCCGGACGACCAAUUUAAUUUCCCCGGUCGCAAUACCUAUUUCGCUUCCGAUUCCACCGGCGCAUCUGCCUUUACAUCUGUUGCCGCAUCCGCAUCUGCAUCUGCAUCUGCAUCCCCCCUCUCCCUCUCCGCAUCUAAACCAAUAGACAUCGCGAGUAAUAACCCAAAGAUUCGCAACUCCAACUCCGCCUCGCCGCCUUCAGGCCAGCCCAACCCGAUCGAACCGGACUGGCUUCAAGUUAACGUCGACGGCGACCUCGACCUCGAAAUGACCACAGGUCCUGCGCUCGACUCGGCCGUGAGCCGUAGUCGCCAGGACUCCUUCGUCAGCGCUGGACCCAAGCCCAUUUCCAUGAUCAACCCGAAUCGCGAACAGGCUAAUCGCGGUAGACGGGAGAGCUUGGCCGGCAGUUUAAUGAAUGGUAUGAGCUGGGGCGGGAUCUCAGUCGGGAGCUUCAUUAGAGAUGAGUAAGUCGUACCGAUUAUUUUUAAUUCUCCUUUACUCGUUAUCAAUUUCCUUGUCCUCAUGUCCCCAUAUCCCCCCUCUGUCUGUUACUCAUCGAGGUUAUGCCUCUCGUUACGCAGCGCUUCCGUUU